UAUAAAACUGAAUCACUGUGCUGUACACGUGAAGCUUACAUGAUACUGUAAAUCAACGGCAAGAAAGGAAACUGUGAAAGCGCUUUGUAGCUGGGACUCCCUUCAGUGUGGAUCGCGCUCCGGUUCCUGGGCCAGAUUUCUGUGGCUCUGUGGCUGGACAUUUCCUGGGACACGAAGGUUUAACCUUGACUCCACAUUCACAAGAUUCCUCUUGCCAGGUGGGAGUCCACCUGAGAACAGGGACCUCAUGUCAGUGGGCACUCGGUGCUGAGUGCAGAGAGUCUGCAUCUGUCCCCAGGGAGCAAGUGGUGUCCCCUCCUUGGCGUGGUCAGGACCCUCAGUGCGAGGACCCCGUGUGACCAGCUGACUGUGGAGAAGUAAACACGGUAAUCCACUGGGUGUCCUGCACUCAGACACUCUCCUGGGAGGUGAUGUGUGAGCGGCUUGAGAACUCUGUUUAUUUUUGUAUCUCUGGUCUCUGGCACGCUACCCAGCACGUAAGGGGCACCCAGGCGUGCUUGUUGAAGGGAUGGGCUGUUGUGAAAGGCUGCGAAUAUGUCAUCUAUGAAGUCAUAGUAGCUUAGUGGAGAGAGACCCAAAGGUCUCCAGAUGGUUUAGCUCAAUGAGAUUAAUAACCUUUAGAGCAUGUUUGUUUUCUCAUAGAAAGAAACCAAAGUAUAAAACAAGUAAUUCAAAGACUCCCUGAGUUUUACUAUGUCAGAAAUACAGUAAGAACAGCUGCUAUUAUUUUUUGUAGAGUAAGUACUUUUCUUUCCAGUGAAUGUCAGUAGGGAUUGCAGUACAUGGAAUUUUUUUUAAAAUGAGAACUUUUUUGAAACAAAGAUAUUUGAGCGAAAAUUAAAGGUAUACUGUUAAUCGGAAAUUUUUUUUGUUGGUUCUUUUCCUAAAGCGACUUUGAAUUUUAUUAAUGGAAUUACUGAAAAUUCGAGUUGGGACAAAGUGUUUUUUUGUUUUGUUUUGUUUUUGUUUUUUUUAACUGUUGGGGGUGGGGGGGAAGCACUCCUAGAUUAAGUUAAUGGAUUUAAGAGUCAUGGAGGGGGGACACUGUCAUGACGGUCUGGGUCCCUUUAAUUCCAUAUGAGUCUCACCCCUUUGGCUUUGUCUCAUUUGCUAACAAUUCACACUGCCCCAUCUUUAAUCUCUCACAUGCAGAGAAAGAGAACAGAAGUGUACGUGGCAAGCAUGGUAACCAAGGAGUGCUUGCCCCUCCUCCACCGCCACCGCCACCCGUCCAAGGGUAUGCCUUCAAGCCUCCACCCAGACCCGACUUCGGGACCUCCGGGAGAACGAUCAAGUUACAGGCCAACUUCUUUGAAAUGGACAUUCCAAAAAUUGACAUCUAUCAUUAUGAAUUGGAUAUCAAGCCAGAGAAAUGCCCAAGAAGAGUUAACAGGGAAAUAGUGGAACAUAUGGUUCAGCACUUUAAAACACAGAUCUUUGGGGAUCGGAAACCAGUGUUUGAUGGAAGGAAGAAUCUCUACACAGCGAUGCCCCUUCCAAUUGGGAGGGAUAAGGUGGAGCUGGAGGUCACGUUGCCAGGAGAAGGGAAGGACCGCAUCUUCAAGGUGUCGAUCAAGUGGGUGUCCUGCGUCAGCUUACAGGCAUUACACGAUGCACUCUCGGGGCGGCUGCCCAGCGUCCCCUUCGAGACGAUCCAAGCCCUCGACGUGGUUAUGAGGCAUCUGCCGUCCAUGAGAUACACCCCCGUGGGCCGCUCCUUCUUCACGGCGUCCGAGGGCUGCUCCAACCCGCUGGGCGGGGGACGAGAGGUGUGGUUUGGCUUCCAUCAGUCCGUCCGGCCUUCUCUUUGGAAGAUGAUGCUGAAUAUCGACGUCUCGGCAACAGCAUUUUAUAAGGCACAGCCAGUAAUCGAGUUUGUGUGUGAAGUUUUGGAUUUUAAAAGUAUUGAAGAACAACAAAAACCUCUGACAGAUUCCCAAAGGGUCAAGUUUACCAAAGAAAUCAAAGGUCUAAAGGUGGAGAUAACGCACUGCGGGCAGAUGAAGAGGAAGUACCGCGUCUGCAACGUGACCCGGCGGCCCGCCAGCCACCAAACGUUCCCGCUGCAGCAGGAGAGCGGGCAGACGGUGGAGUGCACGGUGGCCCAGUACUUUAAGGAUAGGCACAAGCUGGUUCUGCGCUACCCUCACCUCCCAUGUUUACAAGUCGGACAGGAGCAGAAACACACCUACCUUCCCCUAGAGGUCUGUAACAUAGUGGCGGGACAGAGAUGUAUAAAAAAGCUGACCGACAAUCAGACCUCAACCAUGAUCAGAGCGACUGCCAGGUCAGCCCCCGAUCGGCAGGAAGAGAUUAGCAAAUUGAUGAGAAGUGCCAGUUUUAACACAGACCCGUAUGUCCGUGAGUUUGGAAUCAUGGUCAGAGACGAGAUGACCGACGUGACCGGGCGGGUCCUCCAGCCGCCCUCCAUCCUCUACGGGGGCCGGAAUAAAGCGAUUGCCACCCCUGUCCAGGGCGUCUGGGACAUGAGGAACAAGCAGUUCCACACGGGCAUUGAGAUCAAGGUGUGGGCCAUUGCGUGCUUCGCCCCCCAGCGGCAGUGCACGGAGGUGCACCUCAAGUCCUUCACGGAGCAGCUCAGAAAGAUCUCGAGAGACGCAGGAAUGCCGAUCCAGGGCCAGCCGUGCUUCUGUAAAUACGCCCAGGGCGCAGAUAGCGUGGAGCCCAUGUUCAGGCACCUGAAGAACACGUACGCCGGCCUGCAGCUGGUGGUGGUCAUCCUGCCCGGAAAAACCCCCGUCUACGCCGAGGUCAAGCGUGUAGGAGACACGGUGCUGGGGAUGGCCACGCAGUGUGUGCAGAUGAAGAACGUGCAGAGGACCACGCCGCAGACCCUGUCCAAUCUCUGCCUGAAGAUCAACGUCAAACUGGGCGGCGUGAACAACAUCCUGCUGCCCCAGGGGAGGCCUCCGGUGUUCCAGCAGCCCGUCAUCUUUCUGGGGGCGGAUGUCACACACCCCCCUGCCGGGGAUGGGAAGAAGCCGUCCAUCGCCGCCGUCGUGGGCAGCAUGGACGCCCACCCGAACCGCUACUGCGCCACCGUGCGCGUCCAGCAGCACCGGCAGGAGAUCAUCCAGGACCUGGCGGCCAUGGUGCGCGAGCUUCUCAUCCAGUUCUACAAGUCCACACGCUUCAAGCCCACCCGCAUCAUCUUCUACCGAGACGGUGUCUCCGAGGGGCAGUUCCAGCAGGUUCUUCACCACGAGUUACUGGCUAUCCGAGAGGCAUGCAUUAAGCUAGAAAAAGACUACCAGCCGGGGAUCACGUUCAUAGUGGUCCAGAAGAGGCACCACACUCGGCUGUUCUGCACCGACAAGAACGAGCGGGUGGGGAAGAGCGGAAACAUUCCAGCAGGGACGACCGUGGACACAAAAAUCACCCACCCGACCGAGUUUGACUUCUACCUGUGUAGUCAUGCUGGCAUCCAGGGAACAAGCAGGCCUUCCCACUAUCACGUGCUUUGGGAUGACAAUCGUUUCUCUUCCGAUGAGCUGCAGAUUCUCACCUACCAGCUGUGUCACACCUACGUGCGCUGCACGCGCUCCGUGUCCAUCCCGGCGCCAGCAUACUAUGCUCACCUGGUGGCCUUCCGGGCCAGGUACCACCUGGUGGAUAAAGAGCACGAUAGUGCUGAAGGAAGCCAUACCUCCGGGCAGAGUAACGGACGAGACCACCAGGCGUUGGCAAAGGCAGUCCAGGUCCAUCAGGACACGCUGCGCACCAUGUACUUUGCUUGACAUGUUUUAGUGUUUACGAUUGUGUACCGAGUUGGAUUCACAUGAGACCAGCUACACUCAGACCAACAAAUGCCCAGCCCUUCCGUGACAGCCAGCAUCGAACAUGAAACGCCAUUGAUUUUAGUAGAUUCUCCACUUUCCAGAAUGCCUUCCGUCCCAGAUUUCAAACUUGGAUUUUGAACUGCAGACCUGUAUGAGACCCCAUUGUCGUAGGAAAUAUGGUUUGCCAAAAUCUUAUAAGCUGCUUCUGAAAAUAGAGUCCCGUGUUUCCUAAAAAUCUCCUAAAACCAGUCUAUGAACUCAGGGCUUUAAAACAUUUUUAAUUUAUUUGGUCGUUCGAUUUACUUGUUUUUAACACAUGAUUCUAUAUGAAAUUGAUGGGCUCAAACUAGCUGUGAACGUUCUGUGAGAGUGAAAGCAACAUAAAACACAUUGUGGUUUUAAAGCCUUGAACAUUCUGAUGCUGUCACUAAAGUUUAUUUCCGAGUGACACCUGUGUGCUCCUGACCUGGCUCCCACCAGCUGUCCGGGAUCCGAGGGCAGGGGCCAGGCGAGGCGCCCUGGUGUCUCUCGUUCUGCCACUGCCCGCCUUUCACUCAGCCCGAAGGAAGGAGGGGUGGCAGAAGGUGGGCCGUGUGUGUUUACAACAUUUAUAGGUCCAGAGGGAUUGGCAGACAAGUGCCAUUUUAAUAAAAAUUUAUUUAAAAAAAGAAAAAAGACAAUAUGCCGACAGUCUAAUCAUAAGAUUUGUCCUAUAGGACUGUGACAUUUAUUUUCCAAAGUUUCUAAAGAAUACGGGUCUGUGGUGAUAAAUACAGUACAAUCCUUUUUCACUGUUAUGUCUUUAAUGUAAGAGAAAAGUAUAUAUAUCUGGUUUGCAGUAUUAAUGUGAUAGAUAGAUGCUGUUUUUCAUUUUACUGACUACGGGGUGCUUUUGUGAUCUGUUUAGCAUAUCAAGAGUGUUUUGGAGCCUGGAGCCUGGACCACCCUUGUGGUUUCUCAGUGCUUAAGUACAGGAGUAUGCAAUUGACUCAGUGCCCGCGGCCCACCCCCUCGUGUAGACCGCGCAGCCUGGACCCUCAGGAGGACGGAGUGUGCUUCCAGCAGUCACUCCCCUCCCCGCCUCAUCCCCGUGUGUCGCUCAGCCAAUUAAGCACAAAUGGAAUGUAUGUAUCCUUCCACUCCUGGGAAUGAGUCUGCGUAUCAGCGUGCACUUCUCUCUGCGUGUGGUUUGUUAGACAAGCGUCAUAGGAUCUAUGCACUGAAACACAGAGAAGGCUGUCGGUGGUGGCGCUCUGCGGGCUGCGAGGCCCGCGUUCCGCGAAGGAGCCCAGCCCUCGGGAGGAUGGCUGAUGGCGAAGCCAGCAGCAGAGGCAGACCCUUCUGCUAGGAUUUGCGUGCUGGGCCCCGGACGUGGGUUUGCCAAUCUAGAAUCCGUUGCACUAAGAAUGAUACCGUGGACAGCUCGACAGGGCUGACAGCAGAGGGCUCCGUUUGUGCGCAGUGGGCUUUUUGUCCUUGUAGGCGGUUUUCUGAGAAUCCAAUCCACGUUCAGUACAGAGAUUCUAGGAAGGAGAUGAGCCUUUCCCUAGUGCUGCUUCGUGCUCUGUAGGUUUCCUCUGGCCCUGCUGACGGCCCUCCCAUCCUGGCCUGACAUUACCUCUGGCACUGUGGUGGAGUGAGGGUCCCAACCAGGGUGCCUCGUGCUGGGGUCAGCGCCCGCCUCGGUCUUGUGUGAGGGCUCCGCGGGGGCGGGGAAGCGCUGUCAUGGACACUCGGCCUGGAUUUUGGCGGCAACGACAAAGGGGUGACUAUUAUUUGUGACAAUAUAUACUCAAGAGUGGUGUGUGUGUGUGUGUGUGUGCGUGUGCGUGUGUGUGCGCGCGCGCGUGUGUGCAUGUGGGUGUCUUAUUAAUGGCAUUAGUCUCUUCUUGCUGUAUCUAUUUUUUUUUGUCUUUUUAAAUGACAGAAGCCUCUGCUCUAAAAAUGUUGCAAUUCCCUGUCACUUCGUUAGCAAGUGGCACCUUCUCCUGUUCGGAAGGACACCAGUACACUCGUGGCUUAAGUUACCGGGAGCGUUCAAGCUAAGGAGGGAACCUUUUCACUAAUACACUUUUAAAAUCUGAACUUAGGUUAGUUUUCAGUCAUUUUUAGGAUCAUCUAGAACCGUGUGUCUCGAAGGUAUGUUUCUACCACUUGCAACAGGAUCUCGGUGGUCGGGGCGUUGGCCGUAAAAACGCUGUGACUCCUGUGCUCGCUGCGGCCUCUGGGGUGGUGGCUGGGCAUCUGCGUUUUACACCAUCAGCUGGGGGUCCAGGGCUGCCUGGAGUCCGAGAACCUCUAAUCUAGAGCCUUCUGGAGAGUGUGCUCCCUCAAGCACUGAGGGCCCAGCAGGGAGGGACUCCCCAGCAAUGCAGGGAAACGUUUUCUAAGGGAAUACACUGGGCAGGAUCACAGGCUGGCAGAAAAUGAGACCUAAAUUUUUGAAAAAUCCUUUUGAAGGAAAAGUUUUCUUUCUAGAGGGCCAGAGUACUUUGAGAAAGGUACUUGUUACAGCCCUGCGCUUGUUUUAUAAAACUUUUACUACUUAAAAGCAUUCAUAAAGCAAAUGUCUCCAGCUGGGUUAGCUGCAUACCUUUGUACAUGUCUGAUGGUUCAGAAUUCAAAUGGCUGUAGUUACAAUUUCUCAGGUAAAGAACUGUUUUCCCAAAUUUCUACCAAUCCCCCCCCCCCCAUUAUUAGGAUAAAUUUUGAGACAGCGUAAAACCUCAAGGUGCAGUAGAAUAAGUCCAAGCCCUGUUCGCGUGGAAGCCAAGAGGGGCCCUGCCCAUUCUGUGUGGGUCACGCCCGCCCAGGGCAACCUCGUGGCCGCCGGAGAAGGGCUCCGGGCACCUCCGGCCUCUGCCUGCGUUUGACAGGUUUCCUGAGGCCUGUGCGGGGCUGUGCAAAUUGCAGAGGUGUCCACUCGCCGGCUUUGCCUGACCCCACUAAGUAAGGUGUGCCUUGCUUUAAGCAAACUGAAUGUGAAAAUUAUGAAGUAGAAAUCUGGAUUAAUUUCAAAGAAAAACUGGGGUUUAUCUCUUCAGAAGAGGUCUCCCAAUUAGACCCUUAUCCUGGUACUCUUCCUAAUAUAUUUUAAAAUAUUCACCGUAAGAAAAGUUAACAUAUUCCCAUCCCUUCACCACUUCCUAUUACGUUCGACAAGCUCUCACCCUAAUAGCUAAGCGAUGAAAGAAACCCGGGGGAGCUGCUGCAAGUCGCCGUUUUGUAGGAGAGCCCUUUGGCCCUGCUGAGAUUCCAUCCUGCUGUUUGUGUACUUAUUAUAAUAAGCUCAGAUGUUCCUAGUUCAGAUAAAUGUUGUAAAGCUGGGCAUACCUAUACUUUUAGAAAGGGACUGUUUUAUUUUGGUUUUGGUUUUCUGUUUUGAGAAGACUUCACAUAUACACUUGAUACUACACUUUAGGGUCUGCUUUCUCUUUUCAAGAUUGUGUUGCUUUUUGGUAGUGUCCUCACACUCCCGUGCAUGGAUGUUUGCACUCUAGAACCACGAGCGAUCCCUGGCCACUGCGCUGGCUUCCCCAGGAGGGACUUGUUGGAAGUGGAGGGAUUUCCGUGCUGUGUGAGUCUGGCCGUAAGCAGUGCUGUUGUGAUGUUUACCCCGGCGUGUGCUCAUUAGAAGAGACAGUUGAAGUUCAAUUCCUGCAGCAGGGUUGUGGGCGGGUGGGUGUCGAUGUUAUAUUGUAUGUUAUUUUUAUUGUUGUUAAAUGCAAAUGUUGCUAUUUAUUGUUUCCUUUCUGCUCUGGUUUCAUUUGGCUGAUACGGAUAUUCCAGUGCAUGUGGUACCUGAUGAAUAUGAUAGAAAUUCUUUCCCAGCUUUUAUAAAUCACCUAAUGUUUACCUGCGAGUUUGCUGGAUGAUUUAUUUUUGAAAGCCGCAAAUGUAACUUUUCUGGAUGAAUUGUUUUUCUUAUAUACGCAGCAAUGUAAUUUAACAUUGAUCUGCAGGGUGACUUAAAUUUUAUUUUUACAAGGCAGUUUUUCAGUCAGAUUAUAUAUUUGAUACAAUAUGUUAAGGGUAGACCGGCCAAGCGUUGUGCAGUUGGGACACCAGACUGUCUCGAGGAGGCCUCUGAAGGCUGGGGCGGCUUCUCUUCGUUGCUUGGCGCCGUGGAAGCACUAGGCUGUUUCAUGGAGCCACCCGUCAGGAUCUGGAUGGAGUCCUUGAGUGGGACUUUGAUCUGUUGGGCAGUUCAGAGGAUUUUUCAUGGGCAUUUUCCUACACCUAAGGCAGUUCCAUUAGGAGGAGCUUUAGACGUUGACAUAAUCCAGAGAGUGGACAAUCCCAGUGGCCCAGACAAGCCAUAGAAAUUUCCCUGUGACCUCUCUUUAACUCAUCUCUCACGCUCAUGAGAAAAGGAAUGUACAAUGAAUAGAAACUUCCUCAGUGUUCAUACGCCUCACUUUCAGAAUGCAAAUACUUUGUAUUUUAAGCCCUCCCCCAAAGUAACCAAGAAUAUUCUCUCUAGCUGCCGUGCCAGCAGUUUCGGCUGCUGUGACGUUUCUCAGUGUAGACACAGUGCACGUGUGACUUCGUAAUAGGGCUGUCCGUGUUACACACACAUGCUGACUUCUUUUGUAAGGAAAAUUUUCAACUCGAAAUAAUUGCACUGAUUUUUUGACAGCUUCCUUUUUAUUAUGUCCAACUCUGCAUCUGCUGUACUUGUUUGAAAUGACUGUAAAUAGAUUUAGGAUAGCAGAAAUGAUGUAAUACAAUGCGUUGCUUUGUUUUAGUGAUCCUGCCACGUUUUUCAGUAUUAUGUGUUAGAGCCGUGUGGGCUGGCCGCUGCCCUUCCCCCUCUACAGCCAUGUGUAUGUGUGUGUGUUGACCAUUCAUGAAGGACAGAUUAGCCUCGUUGCUGUCUUUUUCUGGAAGGAAGUUUGCAGUGUAUUGGAAGAAGAGUGUGCUCUCUCCUUGCGGUCUGAGAUUUAAUUCUAAGAGGAUUAAUUGUAAAUCCUUUGAAUGCUUCUGGUCUGUUUAAUUCCUCGUUAUUUGCCAUGACUCCCUAAAGCAUUUGCUGCUAGCUCCCUCCAGCAUUUGACAGCUUGGAUAGGAAGCAUCUGAACGGCCAAUGUUACUAGAGAGUCAGGGCCUCCCUUGCUUCUCUUCGGUCACCCGUCAUUUGAAAGCCAUGAGGUCGCUGUUAUGUCAAAACUGUCAUUUGUGGCUUAACCCAUAGGUGCCAGGCAGACCUGAAAGGCAGGCUGUUCCUUUAGGCCUCGUGAUUUGGCCAGAUGAGAAGUGUGUGCUCCAGUCCACAGUGUGUAGUUCUGUCUGUGAUCAGGUUGCACAGUAUCAGACACACAAAGGAGCUUUUCCACCCACACCAGCCGUCUGAGUGCGUGUUAGUGUCGCGUCAAUGCCACCUCGGUGCCCUCACUUAGUGCUUUUUUGGAUCUUUUGCCAUUUUAUUGUCUAAAGUGAAUGUAUUGGCUUAGCCAUAUCACUACAGAAGGUGGUUUCUAAUACCUUUUAGUUUAAAAAUAAAUAAAUAAACGCAGAUAAAGGCUACCUCUGAAUUCUCAAUAGAUUCAUGUUUGCUUUUAAGUGUAGCUAUCCACACUGAAAAUAGCCAAAAUGUUGCCUGAAUCAACUGAAUUGUGAACAUCUCUCUGUUCAGUUCUGGCUUGAAAAUUUGUGUGCCAUACUGUGACCCACGGGCAGUCCCCUCCUCCCUCUCUGCGUGUCCAGGGUGGACCAGGGACUCCUCAGGGCUGCCCGGCUCCGAGAUGUUAGGACUCUCAGUGGCCAGCAGGAAGGAAACACAAGGGCCUUUCUGCACCGUCCUCAGGUGCAGGGCCGUGUGUGGUGGGACCUGGAAGCGACCCACUGUCCUGGCUUUUCACUUUCCUAUUUGACAUAAGGAAGCACUUUUUUUUUCUGCUUUACUUAUGAAUGGGUUGAAAGUGUCUCCUUCUACUCCCUUCUCCCUUUUUGUACACUCUGUAAAAUCACAAAGGUGCUUAAACACCGACUCUUGUGCAAAUAGUACUUCAGUAGCUGCAUGGUUUCAAAAUGCAGUGCAGAUGUCGUUGACCUUUGACUUGGGAGCCUUGAGUUACUAAUCACGCUAUACUUAAAAGUGAGCUAAGGUUUGAAAGCAAAAGGUUCUGUUCAAAUCCAAGGCCCUUUGCUUGAAAGGAGCACAGGGUCCAGGGCGGCAGCGUCUUGAAGUAGGGGUUCCUGCUGCUGGCGCCCUGGACCAGGAUGCCAGCCUGCGGGAAGACUGGCCUGGGAGAGCUCGGCAUCACGUGUCAUGAACCACUUUGCUGUCAGAAAUCUCAUCUGCUCGCACGCUGCUGUGGGUUGGUCAGUGUCGCCCCCCUGCUCCUUCGCGUCUUUUCUUUAGGUUCCUCGUGUUCUCUCGUCUUCAGAAGGUGAGCUUUUGCUCCCGAUCACUUGCGCUGGUUUGCUCCUGAGUUCUGGAGGGACAGUUGGGCGGUGUUGCAGUUGCAGGCGUCUGGGUGUGAGGAGGCGGCUCCGCUCUCUUCUGGGCGCUCAUCAGACCUUGACUUUGGCCCAGAGAGGUUCCAGGUGUGCCAUUACGAGGAAGUCCUGGCCUUCAACGCCGCGUGCUGCGCUUUAAUUCCGAAAGCACCAAGUGUCCUUUGCAGUCUAAGAAUGUGUAAUUCUGCAGUCGUGCUGUCCUAUAGACACAGACCACCCUGAGAAGCGUGGACACUGGGGAGCGUCCGCUACCUCUGCUGACCUGCUUCUGGGGUUGCUGGGCUCCGCUGAAGUGGCCUCAUUUUCAGCCAGAAACCCGUACAGGGCUUCUCGGGGGCCGCUGCGCGGCGGCCGGCUCCUCGCUUUAGUGAGUGAUGUCAGCCGUUGACUCAGAUCUCCCACCUGCCUUCUGCACUCGUGUCCCCAGCGUCCCGACGUGGGCCUCCCCCAGCAUCUUUGCGUUCAUGAAAGAUCAUUAAAGAUGAGGGAACUGAAGAUUACUGGUGCUUUUGUUAAUACUUUUCUGUCUUAUUGGUUGAUGUGAAAAAUUCAGGUGCGUUAGAUCUUUAAACGCCCUUGGUGGUGUGACUGUAGGCUUGGGUCCUCACCUCACCCCCCUUCUUUAGGCGGUUGGAGGAGGCUGAAUGAUCUCCUAGUUACAACUUCCUUGGCCUCAAGUAGUUCAGAGUUAAAGCUGCAACACCAAAUAUUGACUCCUCCCCCCCCCCCCCCAAGUGUCUCCAGGAGCUCGAUGUUCAGGCCAGCCUCAUUCGGUACUUCCGGAAUCUUCAAGGUCCUCAGAACCACGAGUUGAUGCUAGGAAUGUGCCCCCUCGCCGCCCACCACCACCUACCGGGCUGUGGGGGGGGGGGUGCGAUGCGGAUGGGCUGCCCGGCCCCGCUGGACGGAACUGGGGGGCCCAGGGCUCCUCUGGACUCUGGAGAUGCUGGGAACGAUGCUGCGGGGUGGGAGAGGGCAGCCCCUCUGACCCAGGGGGCAGACGGUGCCCAGGCCUCCCCUGGCCUCCAGAGGCCAGGGGUGCCAGACUGAACGUGUUCUGGAGACCCCGUCUCAGCCUCCGUGCCUUUCAAGUCCAGUCCUCAGUGUCCUUUCGAAACCACGGUGCGGCUGCGUUGUUGGGAAGGAAGCCUGGCCCGGCGCACGCUCAGGCACCGGCGCUCUGCCUUGGAAGCCGCACCGCUCCUCGGCUCCUGGGCACUGGCUCCUGCGGGAAAUCGCCGGGUUCUGGCCGCGUGGCUCCUCCCAGGCCCUGAGCACGUCCGUCCACAGGACCCCGCUCCUAGUCGGGUGCUGACCGUGACCGCCGGCAAACCUGGGGGGUUUGUUCUCAAGGUCACUCAAUGAGAAUGUUGAGCGUAAUGGAACUAGAUUGUUUUCAAAAAGGAAUUGGAAUCGGAGUCCUGUCUUUGUAAAAUGCGUGGGAAGUCCUCAGAUGUCAGGUGCCAUUUCAGUUGUCGGAGUGCCCCGCGUUGUUGUUGUUUUGUGACGUGCUGGGAAACUGCUUCCUCGGGAGUGGUGUCACCUGGAGCUGUGCACGGAGGACUCGGGUUUUGAUGUCUCGAAGAUGCGGGUUUUAGCUCUGACUUUUCCAAGCCAGGUAUUGAGUUGAGCAGUUUUCUUGGCCAACGGUCUAGUUAAAAGCCACCCUUCUCUGUCAGUGGAUGGUUUUAAGCGGGGGAAAUAGCCCAGUGUUACUUAUUUUAAACUGUCUAGAAAAGCCUUCAAGGUGGCAGCUCUUGGCCCUUCCGUCUCCCCCAUAUCCUCUGUUCUGAAAGGCAGAGGCACCAGGCACCGGGGGGGCUGCGGGCGGCUUUGGGGGGCCGUAACACAGCGAUGACGUGGGCUCCUCUUCAAAGCCAAAUAGACACGCGACUAAAACCCUGGAAGUCUGCGGUUUAGCACUGAACUGAAAUUCGCCUCCUGAGUUUGAUAGUGGAUUUUACAUGUAGUUGUUGAAGGUAUAAAUUCAUGUUUUGUAACUGUAGCGGCAAGUGAGCUUUUACUUUUUAAAAAGUUUUAAGGGAAUAAUUGUAAGUUUCUGUGCAGCAAAGUGGCUAAUUAUUCAUUAAAUACAAGAAUGUAGCGUCUAAAUCCAGAUUUUUUCUUACCUCUGGUACACUUCAGAUUACUUACCUAGUAUGUAUUGAGGGGUUUUAACCCUGAGUUUUAUCGACUUUUCUAGUUUUAUUUUAUUUUUAUAAAAUAAUUGAAAAAAACAAAAAUGAAUUCAAAAGUUCCAUAGGUAGAUCUUGCCCCUUCUUAAUUUUCUCCCACAAAAAAAAUUUUAGAAGACAUUUUGAAUCAAAAUGUAUUAUGACCAUUUAAAGUUUACUGUUUUCUAAGAAGCUGAGCAGCUAAAGGGCCUCACUUCAGGUGGUACUGUGCGUACUGUCUGCGGACUCGUUUACCUGUGCGGUGGGUCUACGUGACGAUGUCUUGUGCUUGCAGUAUAGAAGCCGUGCAGUGCUGUUGUGUACAUUGACAGUUCCUGUAUAAACUAGUAUUUAUAUACAUUGGCCUCUCUGUAUAACUUUUCAUUUGCUUACAUGAAUUGUAAAAUUAAAUAUAAAAUUAUAGUACCUGCUAAAUACAAAUCUGAGGCUUCCUGUCCUUGUCUUUAGUUUAAUACCAUUCUGUGUGUUUUGAGGAUGUCCAAUGCUUGCAUGAUGGUAGGUGGUAAUGCCACUUUAAAUUAAGCCUUAAUCAGAUGUUAAAUUUGUAAGUUUCACAGUAUGCAAAAAUAUUAGGCAGAAUGAGUUUAAACUGUUCAGAUCAAGAUGCUAUAUCAUAACUCAACAAGUCUUUUCUCCAGAGUUAUAAAGGGAAACUUUCAGUGAUACAGCUCUGUCUCGCGCUCCCUCUCUCUCUCUCUCUCUCUCUCUCUCUCUCUCUCUCUCUCGCUCUCUCUCUCUCGCUCUGUUUCUGGUCUGGCUUGGCUGUUGCCAUUGCUUGAUGAAAAUGGACCAUUGUGCAUUUCUGUGGCAGUCAGUCAAAAAGACCUGUUCUGAAAGUCUUGAGACUUUUUCAGGGUUAUUUUGAAAUGUUUGAUUUUUUUUCCCUCCAGUCUGAGAUGUAUUUAUGGCUGAUGAAGAGCAUGAUUUAGGCACAAACCUUUGCAAACCUGCUCAUGUUCUAAGCUUUCUUCCGGUAGUGCCACCUGUCAUUGCUUCUGCAUAUGAUUAAAUGGAUUUUUGUUUUUGUAAAAGCAUCUUAAAUUUAGACAUAAAAUGGAGGGGACCCAGCUUUCUUUACAAUGUGGAUCUACCUCAGUUAAACAGUUGGGUGCUAUUUACUAAGUCUGUCAAAUUGAAUUGGAAAAAGUAACAAAACAGUGAACUAUAACUCCACACAAAGCUUGAAAUCAUAAUUUCCGUUUAUUUAAUAAUAUCUAUUUAUUUUGUGCCUUUUGUGUUGAAUCCUAAUGCAUUGAAAAAAUCAGUAUGAAAUUAAAUAUUUUAUAUUGUACAUGGGGAGAAAAAGCCCAAUUGGCCAUGGAAUUUGAUAGAUCACCCCAGCCAACUAAACACUAACGUAUACUGGAAUCCCAACUGCCCUCUUGUGAAAAGAAACAUAGAAUUAUGUCCAAGAGCAAAUUUGACAUUUUACAAGCAAAUUCCAGACUCUCCUACGCAUAUAUUUGUAGCUAUCACUUCAUUUUCUGUGCCAAUGAAGGGGCGGCCAAAACCAACUCACGAACACUCUUGUCAUUGCUUUUUCACCACACGUGCCCUCCCGGCCUUCCUCUGGCGUAUUUUAUAAGUUUAUUUCAUAAGCAGCGAAUGGACUAUUGUUGAUUUCAUCUCUCCCACCCUCCUGGUGUGGGUGUUGGUGACCAUAGACAGAGGAAGGGAGGGCCACUGGCCGUGGAAGGGGGGGCAGGGGAGGGGUGCUGCCUGCAGCAGCAGCCCCAGGGUUUCUGUAAGUUAGGAAAGCUUUCUGGCAGGUGAGAAAAUCGGGUAGAUCGAUGACUUUCCAUGCUUUUAUAUUUGGCAGUUUACAAGUCUAGACUUUUCCUACUAUGGCAAUCUUUUUUAACGUAAUUCUUUGGAGGUAACACAAUAUUUUGGAGUCUUAAGAAUUUGAUUUUAUACCAAUGAGAAAUAAAAAUUAGGGAUCUUUCCUGUAGUAUAUAGUUUUACUAUUUUAAAGAGAUCUCUGAAUUUUACAAGAGAACCAACAUUCCUUAGUGGCAUAACUUUGAAAGUUGAUUUGGGAGGCUUUUCGCUUCAGGAUCUCAAAAAAAUUGGGAUGAUUCUAGUUAAAUGUUUUUAAUUUUUAAAAUUCCAUCAGGUCAAUACUUAAGCUAUAUUUUGUAAAGAGUAAAUCAUCCUUUAGUAUGCUGCAUGUAAAGAUCAGCGUUGUUGCACUUUCUCAAUAAUAAUAAAUGCCCUACAAUUGGCUCACCAGUAAGCAUUUUGUUUUUUACCUAACAAGAGUACUUUGGGGCAGGUGAUUAAAUUUAUAUAGGUACCUCAAGAAAAAGAACCUGAAUAUGCUGCAUUUUGUUUCUUUAGCUUUUAUACGUAGCAUUUUGUUCUGCUCUUAUGAUUUUGUUUAGAUAUAUGCUUUUUGGACCCCAGUAGACUGUUAAAAGAGAUUUUAAAGUUACUCUUGUAGGGAUACAGUAUCUUUUUUUUUUUUUUUUUUUUUUUUUUAACGUACUGCAAUAUCUGGUUCAAAGGUUGCCCACCAGGAGAUUAAUACUUUAUACCCAAAUACACCUGAGAAAAAGGAUACCAUGUUUAUAAGCAGACAAUAAUGUUCCCAAUCCUUUCUGUUCAUGCUGCUUUCUUAAUUCUUUUCUCCAUAUCAUCAAGAGGUUGGACGACUUAUUUCUAAGGUCAGACUUAAACAUCAUAGCAUCUUAAUGUUUUCAACACAGACCUCACAAAAUUGCCAUUGAGUAAGUAGCAUGAUCCUAAAGGUAUUGCUGGCACUAGGCAGCCGGAUCCAUCUGGGCUCUGAAGAGCCGGUCUUCACACUUCUCUGUUCCCCAGCACUCACCCCAGACUGAACAGACGGGGAGUGGUCUUGAUUGACAAAGAUUAAACUGGUGAAGAAAGCUAAAGGCUGAGACACUGAGCAUCUAUUGUCGUGUUUAAGCUUAGCUGGGUCCUUUAGAGUUUGUUUUACAGCUUACUAGGUUAAGUAGUUUGCACUAUUUUUGCAAUAAAUUCAUGGAAAACCUAACAGUUACUUGUUUUGUUUCUUACUGUGUGUAUAUAAACUAAUACUAAAAAGUUUGGCAUAGUGUUUUUUUCACCUCCUUACAUAACCCUUAACAUGCACAGAAUGCUGUAAAUCUGAUACAAUAUGAUGUGAAUGAUAUUUUAUAAAGUUAUUUUGUAUGGUGUCAAUUUUGUUUUGCCUCAUAGGAUGUCAGCAAAAAAUAAAAUAAAAUUCCUCGUAUUUACAGCU